UGUGUGCUGGUGUCCUCAACCAUGAUCAUUGAGAUCCUGCCUCUGUCUUGGCGACGUCACGUGUUCUGGCUGGGCAUCGUCAGUUUCUCCUUCUCCACUGUGCUGCUCGUGCCUUUCGCCUACUUCCUACGUCAUGUGACAUGGACAGUCUUCUUGCUGGUGAUAUGCUCGGGAUCAGUGUUCAUCGUUCCUAUGUACCUACUGGUGGACGAGACGCUAGUGUGGCUUGUGGCCAACGGAAAGGCCCAGCAGGCCAAGAGGUUGCUUCGUCGUGCUUGUCGCUGGAACAACGAGGACGAGGAGUCUGUGAUCAAGCUGUUUGAGGAGAGCAUAGAAUUUUAUGACGCUAAGAUAACUGGUGAAUCGCUUUGUGAAGACGAGACUGAUGUACGGGCACCACAUCAUGAGGAUAGGCAAUAUAACCAUUUCAACGAAAAAGAUGUCACAAACGAUCGUGAGCUGAUUACAGCGCCUCACGUGUACGUUGAUUCUCCACAAAAAUCACCACCACCGUACUCUUUCAUCAAUGGCUGUGACAAUGACAAUGUUCAGAUACGAGGACUGAAUGAAGACGGGUGUCUCACCCCUCUCAAAGAUACCCAAAAGCAUUGUGAAAGCAAAACCACACAUUUCACCACAAAAGGGGUAUCAGAUAGUUUGGUCAUACAGAACAUUCUGGAGCCAUCCCACUUCAUCACUCAUAUUGGAGGUAACCAAGAGAGAGAGGAGCUGCACCCAGGAAACAAAGGACUCUGCGAGUCUCUCUUACAGCGGGACCCACAGAGCGACAAGGAAGGAACGUUUCCCAACAGACUGUGUGUUGUGUCCUCCAUGAGUGGUGCCGAUUCGCUGGCAGACCACGAGGCGUCAGCCCCAAUCCUCAACGAGUCGAAAGCUGUCGAAAAGGCCAAGUCAAGCAACCUGCUUAUGAUGUUUAAGAAUAGAACGCUCUGUUUGAACAUCAUUGCAUUCUGGAUUAUCUGGAUUGUGGACAGCUUUUCCUUCUUCAUGCUGUUUCUGACGUCAGGCAUGCUGGCUGACGACCUCUACCUCAACUUCCUCCUCAACUCGCUGGCCGAACUACCGUCUGUUCUACUGCUCAUUAUAGUGCCUGGAUGGCUGGGUCGACGCGCGUCCCUGACGUCAUACCACGUGUUGAGCGGGUCACUCCUACUUGUUGCCACUUUCAUAAAGCUUGCGUCAGACGCUGAAGCGGCAAAAAUCUGCGCAAGUGCAGUCUCAAUUCUAGGAAAGAUUGGUGUCUCUUCUGCUUUCACUUUUCUAUUUGCUUACACGCCAGAAGCGUUCCCGACCAACAUGAGAAAUUUUGCCGUCGGCUCAUCGUCCACCGCUGGCAGGAUUGGAGGUGCUCUCGCGCCUUUUGUCAACCUCCUGCCCACAUCAACAUCAUGGCUGCCCAGCGUUGUGUUUGGAGUGGUCAGCCUUGCCACGUGUCUCCUUAUUCAGAUCCUUCCAGAAACUCGAGGAAAAGAACUACCACAAACAGUCGAUGACGUCAUGGAUUGGUAUACCACCGAAAAGGGUUCAAGCGAUAAAAGUUUUUUUAAACUUAAAUCAAGAAAAAACCAGAGAAAACAAUCAAGAUGACUGUGAAACUGUGGAGUUUUCUCGCUGUUUUCAGAUUAUACUAUGUUUAUUGUGCUUCUUUUUUAGACUAAAUUCCAUGAAAGAGACCAAUAAUUUAUUAAUUCUAUGCCAAUGGUGCAGUGCAUAAUUUUUUUUUUGCUUACGCAUGAGCGCUUACGUGUGUAUGUGUGUAUAAUACGAGUG